AUAAAGAACGUUAAUCACUUCUUACAUUUUCUUUUCAGGUGUUUAUACAAAUAUUAUAUCGUUCAUUUAAGUCAGUAAGCUAAAAAACCAAAAAAACAAACUAAAGAACGUUUGGUAAAUAACGUUGGGGGAGGGAAUCAGCGAAAGUCAUGAUCCUGAAUUCUGAUUGGUCUGCUUGUCAUCCCUGAUUGGUCGCUGCACUGACUGGGCGGGAUUUACGCAGAGCUCUGAACGGAUGUUUCCGGUUUGACCGUUGUUUGACAGAUCAGGACGGACAGUCGCUUCUAGCGCCUGUCGUUGAUGGCCCAGCUGUGUGUUGAGGUAGAAUGGGACAGAGCACAUCGGGCCCAGAGUCUGCAGAACCUCCCCAGCUGGACAGAUUCGGAAACAUCAAGAGUUUAGUGGAGGAUCAACUACAGACCAGCAUGGUGGUGGGAAUUUUAAUCGGCGCUGGAGUCGCCAUCGUCCUCAUCGCUGUCCUCAUAUUUUUUGUCCUGCGCAGGAUGCAGCUCCGCAAACUUGAGGCUCAGGAAGCCCCGAAGUACCGUUUUCGUAAAAGAGACAAGGUCUUGUUUUAUGGGAGGAAGAUUAUGAGGAAGGUGUCUCAGUCCACCUCUUCGUUAGUGGGCUCCACUUCCUCCUCCAGGCCCCGCCUCAAAAAGAAACAGAAGAUGCUGAACAUCGCCAAAAAGAUCCUGCGCUUUAAGAAGGAAGUGCCCACUCUGCAGAUGAAGGAGCCUCCUCCGUCAGUGCUGGAGGCAGAUCUCACAGAGUUCGACGUGGCCAAUUCUCACCUGCCGUCCGAGGUGCUCUACAUGCUCAAGAACGUGCGUGUGCUGGGUCACUUCGAGAAGCCGUUGUUUCUGGAGCUGUGCAAGCACAUGGUGUUUCUUCAGUUCCAGCAGGGCGAAUAUGUCUUCAGACCCGGGCAGCCUGACAGCAGCAUAUAUGUGGUACAGGACGGCAAGCUGGAGUUGUGUCUUACUGGACAGGAUGGAAAGGAUGGAGUGGUCAAAGAGGUUUACCCUGGGGACAGUGUUCACAGUCUGCUAAGCAUCCUUGAUGUCAUCACAGGUCACCAGAGACCUUAUAAAACCGUCUCGGCGAGAGCGGCAGAAGUGUCCACUGUCCUCAGGCUGCCUGUUGAGGCUUUUCUGUCCAUCUUUGAGAAAUACCCAGAGAGCCUUGUGCGAGUGGUUCAGAUCAUCAUGGUCCGUCUUCAGAGAGUGACUGUUCUAGCCCUGCACAACUAUCUGGGGCUCACCAACGAGCUCUUCAGCCAUGACAUGCAGGCUCGUCCCUCUCCUGUCUCUCCUCAUCCGACACGCUCCAGUCCGGUACGACACAGCAAACGCUUUGGCAGUCUCACGGUUCCUGAUAAACAUCGUGAAGCUGCCGUCCAAAGUGCUACUGGUGGGGAUCACGGGAAGGAUGGUGGCACAACACCGACCCUCAGUAGGACCAUAUCCAUGCCUGUAGACAUCGCAGGAAUUCAGAAGAGUCUGCGUUCAGAUUUCGAUAUGGCUUAUGAGAGAGGCCGUAUCUCUGUAUCUGCUGAGGAUGGAGAAGACAAUCUGCUGAGGAAAGCUCCACCUGCUUUCACUAGAGAGCAGCGGGAGAGGAAGGUGACCGUGGAUGAGGUUCCUUCAAGUGUGUAUUUGUAUCCUGAGGAGGAGCCUGGAAUGGAUAACAUUUUUAGUCCAUUUCAAGGACGACCCAACGCUACACUGUUCGAGGAGGCCCAGAAAGAGAUUCUCAAACUCAUGAAGAUCGAGGACCCUGCUCUGCUGAAUGGAAGGGUGACGUUUCAUCACGCUAAAGCUGGAUCCGUGUUAGCCAGACAGGGAGACCAGGAUGUGAGUCUGCAUUUUGUUCUGUCCGGAUGUCUCCAUGUCUAUCAGAAGAUGAUCGACAAGCAGGAAGCGGUGUGUUUGUUUGUGACCCAGCCGGGUGAGAUGGUUGGACAACUGGCUGUACUCACAGGAGAGCCGCUCAUCUUCACCGUCAAAGCUGAGCGUGAUUGUACCUACCUCAAAAUCUCCAAAUCUGACUUCUACGAGAUCAUGCGUGAGCAGCCAAGUGUAGUCCUCAGUGCAGCUCACACCGUGGCUAUCCGCAUGUCCCCGUUUGUACGGCAGAUGGAUUUCGCCAUUGACUGGAUGGCUGUAGAAGCUGGACGGGCCCUGUACAGGCAAGAUGAUCAGUCGGACUGUACCUACAUUGUGCUCAAUGGACGACUGCGUUCUGUCAUCCGAAAAGCCAACGGGAAGAAGGAGCUGGUUGGGGAGUAUGGCAGAGGAGAUCUCAUUGGAGUUGUGGAGGCUUUGACUCGGCAGCCUCGUGCCACCACAGUCCAUGCAGUCAGAGACACUGAGCUGGUGAAGCUUCCAGAAGGAACGCUCAACAACAUUAAGAGAAGAUACCCACAGGUGGUGACACGCUUGAUCCAUCUGCUGGGGCAGAAGAUUCUGGGGAACCUCCAGCAGCCCCGUGGACCUUUCUCAAGUUCUGUUCUGGGUGUGCCGAACGUGGCGUCGAGUCCAGACGUCACUAACCCAGCUAGCAAUCUCUCCACCGUGGCCGUGCUUCCCGUUUGUGAUGAUGUGCCAAUCAAUGCCUUCAAUUUGGAGCUCAGCCAUGCCCUCAGCGCCAUAGGACCAACCCUGCUGCUAACCAGUGACAUUAUCAGGGAGAGACUUGGAGCUUCUGCUUUGGACAGUAUUCAUGAGUACAGGCUAUCAGGUUGGUUGGCUCAGCAGGAGGACAUUAAUCGUAUAGUGCUGUAUCAGACGGACAGCGGUAUGACCCCAUGGACUCAACGCUGUAUCCGACAAGCUGACUGUAUCCUCAUUGUGGGGCUUGGAGACCAGGAACCUGCACUCGGAGAGUUGGAGCAGAUGUUGGAGAACACAGCGGUACGGGCCCUAAAGCAGUUAGUUCUGCUGCACCGUGAGGACGGGCCGGGUCCGUCAAGAACCGUUGAAUGGCUGAACAUGCGAAGCUGGUGCUCUGGACACCUUCACCUAAAGUGCCCUCGUAGAGUUUUCUCACGAAGAAGCCCCUCCAAAUUGCGAGAGGUAUAUGAAAAGGUUUUCGAAAAGACUGCAGACAGACACAGUGAUUUCUCACGGCUGGCCAGAGUACUCACAGGAAACAGCAUAGCCCUCGUGCUGGGCGGAGGCGGAGCCAGGGGCUGCUCUCAUGUUGGUGUAAUCAAAGCCAUGGAGGAUGCAGGAAUUCCCAUCGACAUAGUUGGAGGAACUUCCAUUGGCUCAUUCAUUGGUGCUCUGUAUGCCGAGGAGAGAAGUGCUGUUAGGGUCAAGCAGAGGGCGAGAGAGUGGUCCAAGGCAAUGAACUCCGUAUUCAAAACCGUUCUGGAUCUAACUUAUCCAAUCACGUCCAUGUUUUCUGGCUCUGCCUUCAACACCAGCAUCUCCAAAGUCUUUGAGGACAAACAGAUCGAGGACUUGUGGCUGCCUUACUUUAACGUGACCACAGACAUCACGGCUUCUGCUAUGCGUGUUCAUAAAGAUGGCUGUGUUUGGCGCUAUGUUAGAGCCAGUGCCUCCUAUACCCCUUAUCUGCCUCCUCUCUGCGACCCCAAGGACGGCCACCUCCUCGUGGAUGGUUGCUAUGUUAACAAUGUCCCAGCGGACAUAGCUCGCAACAUGGGCACAAAAACAGUCAUCGCCAUCGACGUGGGCAGCCAGGAUGAGACCGAUCUUUGUAACUACGGUGACUGUCUUUCUGGCUGGUGGCUGCUAUGGAAACGAAUCAACCCGUGGGCGGAGAAAGUGAAGGUGCCUGACAUGGCCGAAAUCCAGUCCCGUUUGGCCUAUGUGUCUUGCGUACGGCAGCUGGAGCUCGUCAAGAAGAGCGCAUACUGCGAGUACAUCCGGCCACCCAUCGACCGCUUCAAGACCAUGGACUUUGGGAAAUUUGAUGAAAUCUAUGAUGUGGGUUAUCAGCAUGGUAAACUAGUGUUUACUGAGUGGGCUCGCGGGGACAUUAUUGAAAAUAUGCUGAAAGACUAUCACUCGGCGGACUACAACGACAGCAAGAAGACGGAUUCGUGUACGUGUCCUAGUGCAGACUUCACUGAUCUAGCUGAAAUUGUGUCCAGGAUUGAGCCGGUGCAGAGCUACUUAGGAGCUGAUGCAGAGGAGUCUGACUAUGCGACGGAGUAUGAGGAGGACGGGAUGGACACCGUGAGAGAGGAGGAGGGUGAGGAAGAGGAAGAGGAGGAGGCCGAAGAUCCAGAGGACCAGUCUCCUGGAGAAUGGGGACCAAAUGGCAUCUUCCCAUCAGAUGAAGAGAAGACUGUCCGUCAGAGGAAGAACCUCACCAGGGACCCCAACUUGGACUUCUCUGGAGUGUCAGACUGCUGAAAAGGGAGUAAUGCAGGGUCGAAGGGCACUGGAAAGAGAAGCAGCCCAAGCAGGGGCUGAAGAAUAUGAAGAUAAAUACAGAAGAAAAGACUUCUGAAUCAAUAAGAUUGUUGGAAAGCCACCAAAGAUGCUGUGAUUUAGACCCUGUUAAAACUACAUUACCCACAACUUGUCACCAAAACUGUGACUCUGUUAUGCCUUUGGGAUUUUGGCUCAAGACUCUACAAAGACAGGGUCUAAUGACUGUGAGGCCCGCCGAGGCAGAGGAACCACUCCAUGAGAUCCCUUGCCACUGAAAUAUGGGGCUCUACAUUUUUUUUUAGAUGUUUAGGGAGUCAUGAGAAAAAUUGUCUACAGUAGCGGUCAGUAUACCACUAUCCAUAAGUUUGGUUUUCUUGAGGAUACCAGUUCAGUGGAGAUAGAGUGUGUGUGUGUGUGUGUGUGUGUGUGUGUGUGUGUGUGUGUGUGUGUGUGUGUGUGUGUACGGCCACAACCUGAACAUGCAUUGGCAACUCCUCUCAUAAGAUGCCAUCUAGACUAAAAAUGCCCAAGAUGCAUUGUUGAAGGUCUGAAACUGAGAGAAGACUGUAUAGGUUUAGAAAGACCCAACUUAUUAGGAAAAGUCACUGCAGAUUUGUUUAACACCGUUCCUGAUAUCUAAAAUGUAUUUUAAUGAGGGUCAACAGAGUGGAAAGCUAUGUAGGUGAAUAAAUUCUAUUAUUAUAAUAGGAAAUCAUUUUUACUCUCAGUGGGAGUAAAUAAAAAAAGGUGCCCAAAUAGUGUAGAAGACAGAUGGAUUGACUGCUGUGAUGUAAAUGUGGACGGAUGGAUACAUUGGAGGAGAACGAAAUCAAGAAUGAUAAAAAGAUUUUUCGAAGAGUAGUAGGAAAGAUAAGGAAAUCAUUGUGAUAGGGAGCAAAGAAGUGAGAGCUGUAGGAAGGAAGUGAAUGGAAUAGAGUCAGGAAGUGGAUAUAGUAGAGAGUGAGUGUGGUAAAGAGUGCUAGAGAUCAAAGAAGGAAGAGCAGUAGAGUGAGGGAGUGAUUGCGUGGUAGUGAGUGUGAUAAAGAGUCAGGAAGUGGAUGCGGUAGAGAGCCAGAGUGGUAAAGAGUGUGAGGAAGUGAAAAGCGGUAGUGAGUGAGAAAGUGAGUUCGGCAGAGAGUGAAAAAUGAGUGACAAAAUGAAGAAAGGCAAUGCAGAAGGCUUUCAUGAGGAGUGUUGUUAAUGCUUCAUGUUAAUCUGUGUGUGUGUGUGUGUGUGUGUGUGUGUUCAGCCUUUCAGAAAUGCAGAACUACUUAUGCUUCAGGUAGACGAGGUGGAUGCCUUAUUUUGUUAUUGCACAUUCACAAAGCAAAAAAGAGAGAGAGAUGAACAAAAACACCUGUAAUAUAAUGCCGUGAAGAUGUGGAUGAGUUUAAAUUGUGAUCCUGCUGAACGAGUGCCAGGUAUACCGUGUCCAGUGAUGGAGCACAUCUUCCUCGCACUCCAAAGCCAAAUGUCAUCCUUCCCAUAUUCACCAACCUAAAAGCUGUCCAUAAUCAAUGUAUUUUUUUUUUCCCUCUGAAACCUCACCGAGAUGUACAAAUUCCUCAACCCUCGAUGCUUUUGCUUUGUUUCAGUCUUUUAUGCUGAGACGGUUUGUUUUAUACGUUUACGAGAACCGAAAGGAUCGCCAACUACUAUUUAAUUUAUUUGUUUUACCACUGGCUUUUUUAAUAGCUUUUUAAAACACGUUAGAGAUUGUAGAGAAUAACAGUAAGCGGAUUCUUAUUUUGCUUGAUUAGCAUUUUUGCACUGAUGAUAAUGACGAAAAAAUGAUGUUGAAUGUGUUUUACUGUCUAAUAUAAAUGGUGGCUGAGGUACAGAAGGGUCACGAGUGUGUGUGACCAUUUUAAGCCUCAGAAAUAAAUGCUGAAUAAUGAAAAAUAAAAUCCUAUUUAAUGCCA